CUUGGCAGCCCUGUAGUGUUCUGAAAGGUAAACAUAAACAAAGAUGUGAAGGAUUGUUGAUUUACUUAAAUAUAAAAUUUUACUAAUUGGGCCAAAUUGAUCAUGUCCGAAAGUCUCGAUUCUGAUGGUAUUGAGGACUCUCCACGAAGGGGGCCAACAUUAUCGACCUCCACGUCCAGUUUUGAGGCUCUCGAUCCUCACGACCCAAAUUUGAGUAGACUGGCCAAUGCACUGUUUAGUAAAACCUCUGACUAUCUCUAUGGGGAGCUCACAUCGACACUGGAUGACUAUAAAUUGUUGGAAAACAUGAACAGGGCGACCAUUUCAAAGUACUCCGAUAUGAAAAACAUUGCGACCAAUGUGGGCAAAAGCAUGGUCGAAUUGAAUCAGAAAUACGAUGCACUGAUUCCGCUGCUUCAGCAAAUUGAUCAAAUAGAGGACAGUGUGGUGAAACUGGAACAGGCCGCAUAUAAACUGGAUGCUUAUUCGAAAAGAUUGGAGGCAAAAUUCAAGAACUUAGAGAAAAAAUGAUGAGGAACCCAUGUUUAGAUUUAAGCAUUAACUAGAACAUUUAUCUAUCGGCCAAUAGUUUUUUGUACAUAUGUGAAAACCAGUUUUUUUCCAUGCCAUGUAAAAUAAACUGUUUUGUAUUCAUGCCGUUCCCAUAAACGAAGUCCAUUAAAACUAAUAACUGGG